CAAAAUUGCUUGAUAUGUUUACUAUUACCGCAUGAGUUGCCGCUCUCAUGUUUUGAUUGUGUCGCCGAAAUAUCACCGACAGAAAGUAGUUUUCUUAAAAAACUCUGCAACUUGUCUCAAGGAUAUAAUCAAUUCAAUGUCGCCCACUCAAAAAAUGUGGAAAGAUUUAAAUAUAUGUAUGCUAUGCAUCCUGUUCCUUUCUCUUUCUCUCUUCUCCGAUUGACCAUCGACGCGAUCAAGGUCUUGGGUGUUUUACUGCAUCCGAGUCUUCUUUGUAAGUUUGGCUCCGUGAUGGAGCAUUGGAUACCUCGAUCUCCGACAGUGUAACACGUGUUUGCUGCAUCACAUUUUGGACGAGAACGUGGCACCGUCGGUGUGAUUUCAAAUUGUGGCUCAUAAUCGGUUUUGACCCGAGAACAAUGUGGAAGUGGUGGCAGCUUUAUUAUAUCUUACAGAUAUUUGUGUUGGCAUCGGAAAGGAAAACCGCCCUCGAUACACCCUUUAAUAUAAUGUUACUCCGUGCCUUCCGAGAUUGGACUUUCGAUGCUUUCGGUAGGACAGGAACGCAGGAAAGGUAUCUACACAUAGCUCGAAAAUUAAAUAAAAUACAAGAAACUGUUCCCGAUCAUGUUCCAUUCCCUUGCAAUGUGACAGGUGGUCGGUCACCGAAAGUGCCAAACUCAGUGCACAAAUUAAGACCAGGUGAUAUCGAUGUCAUUGCCGCGAUGGGUGAUUCUCUUACGGCUGGAGCUGGCAUUUUUGCAGAUAAUUUGUUCCAGGUCGGUAUAGAGAACAGAGGAGUUACCGCGACCGGCGGAGGCCAAGGCACAUGGAGAGAAUAUCUAACUCUUCCCAAUAUCCUCAAGGAAUUCAAUCCCAAUCUGAUAGGAUAUGCAUUGGGAGACUCUUUAACGACUCACAAAGCGGCACAGUUAAAUUUUGCCGAAACCGGUGCUGAGUCUGCGGACAUGAUGUACAUGGCGGGGACACUAAUUAAGAAGAUUAAAAACGAUCCGAGAAUAGAUUUGCAUAAACAUUGGAAGUUUAUCUCGCUAAUGAUCGGAGCCAAUGACUUUUGCAAUGAAAUAUGUUGGACCUCGUCACCUUGGUCAAUCCUUAAAGAUCACAAAGUUGAACUACUUCAAGUUUUGCGAACACUAAGAGAUAAUUUGCCGCGGACUUUUGUGGCAUUGAUUCCGCCACCUCAUCUAAAAGCCUUAGUCGACUCUCGUAGAAAAGCAAGAUCAUCAUUUACUUGUUUUCUAACAACAGACUUCGAGUGCCCUUGCUUGUUUGGUUUAUCAUUUCGGCGUUUUAGGUCUAUGUAUUAUAACAUUAUAUCACAGUGGCAAAAGAUAGACAUGGAAAUCGCUUCUUAUCCAGAAUUUCAAAGAGAUGAUUUUGUAGUCGUAGCUCAGCCUGUCCUAAUAAAUUCAACUAUACCACUUGAUUCAGAUGGAUUCACCGACAUGACAUAUCUGAGUAGCGAUUGUUUUCACAUUAGUCAAAAAUUCAAUGCUUUAUAUGCAAACAGUUUAUGGAAUAACUUAUUGGAGCCAGUGGGGGCCAAAUCAAUGAGUUGGGAAAAUGUUUUCCACAAAUUUUAUUGCCCAACGCCGGAGAGACCUUUUCUGACAACGAUGUUAAAUUCACAACAAUAAAGUACUAGAAGGGAUGAAAAUAAAAAAAUAAUUCUGGUUGAGCUAACAUUUAUCGUAACGUUUUAUUUGAUUUGCUGUUUAUAUCCAUUAUCGGUUCUUACAGGUCGCAACACAUCGCGUAAUAUAAUCUUUAAGUUUCAUCUUUUUCUUCUUCUGUUUAGUCUUUUGAACAAAACUACUAAAAAUAGACUUGAUAAAAUCAACCGCUCAAGCCUUUUUUUAAAUAUCUUGUCUUAUUUAACAAACGCGAGUCGAUGAGAUCCGAGAUACAGUCGAGAAUAUAUGGUAUACAUUCAAGAAGAGAAUAGAAGGCAUCGCCUUCUGAAAAUUUCUAAGAAGCUCGCAGUAUAGUAAUACAUAAACCGAAAACGCUACUCAUUUUCUCUAAUUGUUAGCGCUUAUUCGCUACGAUAACGUUCUGUUACUAGUAUCGUUAUCAGUUUUUCAUCUUCCGACGCGCUUCGAAUAUAAUGAGUAUCGGCGCGUAAGUGUCAAUCAAGAAGCGCGAGAAAAUUGUCAUGAAAUUUUCUCUGCAUUACCUCGCGUCCAAUAUUCCCUCGAUUUCCAAUCGAGUACAAUUUUGAUUUUGUGCAACUCGCGCCCCUUGAUUUUGUUUACAGUUUUAUAAUUCGCAUGACGUUUUGUGGCUUCGAAAAAAGGAAUUAUAUCGUUACAAAAAAAUUUUGGAAGGGAAAACGAGAUGGUACUACUAAUUUUCGAACGACAAGCAACACGUUCUCAGCUUCAUGUAAUUUUGACUAAAGUAGUAAAAAUUUUUAAUAUUUUCUUUAAAAGAUAAAAUGCAAAAUUUCGAAGUCGUUAAGUUGUUACGUUGAAACUGAAAACGACAAUUGGGUCUCGUUCUGUUUGCAAAACAAGGCUCGUCGGGUCGCGGCAUAAUAUAAAUUAUUUACAAAUUCUGUCUCAUACAAUAAUUUUACUCUGAAGUAGUUCUCGUUACGCUUAGUUGUGAUACAUGCUUACUAUCGCACAAAUCAAAUUUUCUUUUCGUCACCUUUGUCCUCCUUAGCUCGAAAAUUAUUGCCAACGAUUAUGUUAUCUUCUCUUCUUCACAUUUUGACCGUUUUUAUUGUUAACUGUAGAGCGUGAUGAAAUAAAAUAUAAUAUUACAAUAGACUUCUCAUUACAUAUAGGUAUACCGAAAUACAUAUUUUGCUUUUAAUUUGCUCUUUUGAAAUAUUUUGACUCACGUUUCCGUAAUUUUACGUACAAUUGUUAUUUUCCGAGCAUCACCAAGUUUGCUCAGAAUUGUCAUUUUAUUAAAUGAGUCCAAAAAUUA